CGCAGCCCGCCGCCGUUCCCUUGCCUCGCGGAGGGUUGCCCGAGCGCUUCUUAGUGCUGCGGCUCGUCCCGCCUGCCGCUGGGGCACCGCGCCGUGGCUUAAUCAUAAAAAUGGAGCAUUACACAUCAUACAUAGGAUGUGGGAUUUCUGAGGUGCCUUUAUCUGAUACUGCUCAGAGGAUUAUGUCAGCUUUGCAGUCUAUUCCUACAGGAGUUCAGACUAGCAGAAAAAAUAAUCAGAGUAAAGAGAAGACAAAGGAAGAUAAACUAGGUGAUAAGGAUGCAGGUCUGAAAAAUGAAAAGGAGAUCAGUGAUUCCACAGUUGCCUUAUUAAAAUCAUCUGCCAGCUCUGAAAAAAGUACUGCUGGUGAUGCAGUCAGGAUGGCACAUACCAAAGAAAUCCUGAGCUUCUACUGGGAAUUAGGCUCUACUGAAUGGGGAUAUAGAGAAAGAAACCUUACAGUAGAAGAAAGAAACAUGGCAGAUGGUGAAAAGAGUUUAGUUACCCCCCUUAAAAGAAAGCAAGAGGUACCUACGUAUUGUUUGGGAAAAAAAAGAUUACUUGUUAAGAAACACAUUUCACAUGAGAGGAGGUAUAACUGGACUUCCAGACAAGCAGAGCAUUCUGAGAAUGAUUUUUGUGAUAUCAGGAGUUUAGGAUAUGAAGAAAAAAGAGAAUUGAUUGCAAAUAUAAAAGAAGCAGUGGCUUUUGUAACUACCAUGAUAUUUCUAGAUGGUUCUUCACAGCUCAACUCAGAGCAGAACACCUUAGCCUCGUCAGUGAAGGGAAUUGUUGUAUUAGUGAAGAGUCGAACAGAUCGCCUUUGCUCUCUCAGUUUCUCUUCAACUGCCAGUACUUGGAGCACUGCUAGUCCGAGUGAUAAAUUCAUUUAUUUGGAAACUGAAUGCUCUUCCCUUUGGGAGCAAGAAGAACAGGCUCACAACAAAUUUGCCCGGCAAGUGUUGUUUCAAAUACUACGUUGCAAAGUUCCAGUUAUCUGCUUCAAUGCGAAAGAUUUCCUGAAGACAGUACUUCAAAUUUAUGGUAAUGGAAUUAGCUGGAAACAAGUUGCAGAGAGCGUCGUGUUGGAUCCAAGGAUUGCAGCGUGGCUGAUAAACUCCAGUGACACAGUUCCCUCUUUUGAAUGCCUAAUGCAGUAUUUUGAAAAAUCUAAUUCAGUGGAAACAGUAAAUACAGAUACAGGUGCUUUGAGAAAUUCUUUGCAUCAAAACUUGGUUAUGAAUUUGCAAAAACUUUAUACUAUAAUGAUGGGCCUCGCUCAUGACUUACAGGUUCAAGGUUUGUGGAAAUUAUUUUGCACAUUAGAGCUUCCACUGAUCAAAGUUCUGGCAGUGAUGGAAACUCACAAAAUACAUGUGGACAAACAAGAACUGAAAAAAACAUCAGAGAUUCUAGGGUUGAGACUCAAAGAACUCGAAGAGGAAGCCCAUCAAAUUGCUGGAGAACGAUUCCUUUUGACCAGCAGUAGUCAACUUAGAGAAGUACUGUUUGAGAAGUUAAAACUGCAUACGCUGUGUGAAAAAAUUCCCAGAACUGAAAGACAGCAAGUUGCAUCCACCUCAGAAGUUGUGCUCAGUAAGUUACAAGAUCUUCAUCCUCUGCCUAAGCUUAUGUUAGAAUACCGGCAGGUUCGUAAGAUGAAAUCAACCUACGUGGAUGGGCUAAGAACAUGUAUGAGAAAGGGAUUUAUUUGCCCUACAUGGAAUCAGACAGGAACUGUGACUGGCAGACUUUCAUCCAAACGUCCAAACAUUCAAGGUAUCUCUAAACAUCCAGUGAGAAUUAAAAAGAAGCAGUACAUAAAAGGAAAAGAGGAGGAAAUAGUAACCAUUUCCCCACGAGCACUAUUUGUUUCAAAGAAAGGAUAUACGUUUUUAGCAGCAGAUUUUUCACAGAUUGAAUUAAGGAUCCUUGCUGACUUAUCAGCUGAACCAGAACUGUUGAAACUAUUCCAAGAGCCUGAAACCACUGAUAUAUUUACCUCAUUGGCUUCUCAGUGGAAGGGCAUUCCAAGUGAACAAGUGAAACAAACUGAUAGAGAGCAAGCAAAGCGUAUCGUUUACUCAGUGGUUUAUGGAGCAGGUAGAGAACGUCUUGCAGAAUGUUUGGGAAUUACUCCUCUUGAAGCUAGUUGCUUUAUAGAGAGUUUUAUGCAAAAAUACAAGAAAGUACAUGAAUUUACCAAGAAAACCAUUGGACAAUGCCAAAAUAAAGGUUAUGUGGUUUCCAUUAUGGGACGCAAAAGACUGCUUGCUAAUAUCAAUUCACAGGAUUACAAACUACGCACUCAAGCAGAGAGGCAGGCUGUCAAUUUUGUUGUUCAAGGAUCUGCAGCUGAUCUUUGCAAAAUGGCUAUGGUUGAGAUUUUUACCUCUGUUGUGGUUUCUCCAACUUUAACAGCCAGAUUAAUUGCUCAGAUUCAUGAUGAGUUGUUGUUUGAAGUAGAAGAUUCCCAAAUCCAGGAAUUUUCAGCACUGGUGAAAAGAACAAUGGAAUCCCUUCAGCAAACCACAGCCUUGGAAGUGCCACUGAAGGUUCCCUUGAAAGUGCUUCUUACCACUGGGAAAUCAUGGGGGUGUAUGACAGAAUUGCAGGAGAUGUAAAACAGUCAUCGGGGAUGUUAUUCAGUACCCGUACACCUCAUUGGCCUGUGCUGAUUCCUCACUGAAUCACUAGGCAACAGCGCUGCUGGAUCUUUCAUAAGCACCUAAUACUCUGCAUGUGAAUUUUUUUACUUCAUUUUGUCUGUAGCCCUAGGCAACAGCAGUGAGAUAAAACUGGAUUUUACCAGUUCAUUGUGUUUCCUUUAGCCAAGGUAACCAGCAGGGAGCUGCUUUUGUUCAGAGCUAAACUGCUACAUGCAAGAAAUGAAGCAAGACAACAUUAACCCUUUGGGAACAUGACAAAUAUAUUUGAGUUAAAUGCAUGUUUAGAUUAUAAUAUUUAAUAUUUGGCGAAGUGCUUUUGUAAAAAUACAUAUAAUCUAGAAUUAGAAAGACACUAUUUGAAGCUGCUUAGCUGUUGCAUUCAGCUUAUUCUAUAAUUUGUAAGUAAAUGGCAGCUGCUGAAUGUCUUUUUUACAAAGACUUAGAAAAGAGUUCCUUGUAAGUGAAGAGUUUUCACUUUACUUUGUAUUUAGGAUUUUAGAGUAAAACGAGUAAAUGAAAACUGCAUUAGAUGUAUUAAAAAAUAGCCAGAUUGUAGUCAGUUCUAUUAAUUUCAAACUCAGAUUGUACACUGUAGCUUUAGCAUACUUUAGAGGAAGUAUUUUAGUUUUCCCUGAUUUAUUAUUUUUAUUAUUGAUAUAAUACUAAAUACAGUUUAGAUAAAUGUUGAG